AUUGGUCGGCGCGUGGGGUCUCCUGGGCAGCGCAUCUCUUAUUUAUUUAUUACUUUCGGUUUGACCGCACGCGCAGGUGAAGCUAACGGAAACCGUGAGGAGCUGUGAUCUGAUGAUGGAAUCCACUGACCAAUUAGAGCACAGGACACAAAACAAGGCUCUGACGCAGAGUUUGGAGGUUCUGCAGGUUCCCCCACUGUACAUUCCUCAUUCACAGUCUGACCAUCACAGCGGCUACCUGGAGCUGGGACACUGCCUGCGUGCCAACAUCUUCCCUGGGCCUCCUGUGCGGUGGUCGUCUCUGACUAAAGACUCGUACGUCCCUCCCCCGCUGUCCUCUGUCCCUCCUGAUCCACAGCUCUGGCACGGACGCCGGACUGAUGACAUGGGGAGAUGGACGGAGAGAAACAUCGUAAACCAGAAUCUGCAAAAGGCUCUGAAAGAAAUGGGGCAGAAGAACAUGGCUAGAUGUCAGACACACGCAGCACAGCAACACCGUCCUCCAUCAGCUGCCCUCAAAUAAAGCCGCAGUCUGUGCAGUAACACUGGUGACUUUUUAAUCACACCUAGUGUUCAUGUGCACUGAUGCCAUAGUUACCAUGAUUUCUCAACAGUACGCUGCUUCAGAUUACAAAGUGACAAAGUACUGGGUAAACAUUUUCUAAAAAUGUUUCUAAACUGAAGAUGCCUUAAAAAAAAUUAAAAGUGCUUAAGUAACAAAAUAGUAAAAAAAAUACCCUUUUAUUGAAAAUUGACACAAAUUCUCUCAGAUACACUGUGGUGCAGUUUUAUAAUAAAAUCAAGUUUUAAAAAUCAUUCAAAAGUUUGUGCACCCCUGGCCAAAAUACAUAUUUAAUUGAGUUUUGAAGUAAACACAACCGCUACAGCCAUCAACAUUCUCCUGGAAAUGUUACUGCACAUGUUAUUUUAUAUUUGUUUAAUUUGAGAAAUAGAAAAAAAUGGUAAUUGUGGCGUGUGCAAAAGUUUGGACUUAGGGCUUAAUUGAUUUAUUAUUCAGGUCAAGAAUUGUCAUUAUCAAUAACUAUUUCAGAAUGUAAUAAAAGAUCUGACUCUUCAAAUCUUGUGCUAACAUUCAACAAUCUUGGGCUCCUCUAAGCAGCUGACUGAGUAUUUGUAAAGGAAGCUAACUGAUGCCUAAAACACAGAGGAAGCCUAUAAAAAUAUAUAUGCACAUAAUUUUCACUGUUUGAAAUGUCAUUAAGACAUUACAGUUAAAGAGAACUGUGGAAAUCAAGGCAAAGUCUGUAAGUCUGAGAGUUCUCUCAGAUAGAACAGCCUGCAUGCUGGGCAGAAAGGCAGAGCAAAAUCCCCAUAUGAUUCUGAGGACCUGCAGGAAGGUUUAGCUGACACAGGAGUGGUGGUGAACUCUUCUACUGUGCAGAAUUGCUUCUGCAUGGAAGAAUCAUCAGAAAGAAGCCUCACCUUCAACCACAUCACAAAAGUGAAUGUCUGAGAUGGAAACAUGGAUUCCAGUAAAUAUUUGAACAUAAGUGAAAACCUGUGUGUGGAUCUUAAACAUGCUGUGCAUGCAAGAUGGUCCAAGAACAUCUCAGAACUAGAAACGUUCUCCACGGAAUAGAAGCUGAAAAUUCAUUCACCAUGAUUAGAAAGUCUCUUAGCUGGCCACAAAAAGUGUUUGCAAGCUGUAAUAUCUGCCAAAGGGUGUGUUACUAAGGACUGGAACAUAAUUUCAGUAAAUAAAUACAGUCAACAUUUGCUCAUACCACUAUUACUAUUUUUUUUUUCCUAUUUUGCACAUUCCAGUAUUACUAAUUUAUUUUUAUUCUAAU